AUGCCCGAGACACUCGCGAUGUGUCACGAUUCGAUGCAUGUCCGGCAGCAUACCGUUUAUUUGGGUGGGCCGCAUACAACCAAAUGCGAGCGACGCGGUGGCUUGUCGGCCGCCCAAGGCCGACAAUGGAGAGACACCUCCAAACGGAGGCGGCGAGACGCGUACACGUGGAGCUCUAGCUGGUGGAUAGUUCUGGUGUCCCUGAUCUUGCUGGCGUCACCUACCGCUGCCGCUUUGCUGAAUUUCCAAAAUUGUUUGGGGAAGGCGGUCCUCGAUUCCAAUCCAUUAACACUGCAAUAUGUACCGCUUGACGUCGGUGUGUGGUUCAACCUGAGUGAUCCUUUACAUCCGCUCAAUGUGACAGUGUAUGGGAAUGUAUCGGGCACGGCGGAUCAGACUACGGAUUAUCCCUCCGAGGAUGAUGCUUCCUGGAAUAAUCCCAAUGUGACCGAAGGAAAAAUCGUGGAUCUGGACACAUCGAACGAGAAGUAUAGCACUCUAUUGACUGAUCUAGAAGUCUUGAGUUUCUCUCCCUUUACAAAUGCCUCGAGAUUUUGCCAGUCUGUGGUUCAGGGCGAUUGUCCUUUAGGACCGGUCUUUCACUACAAUCUGAGUGACCCAAGAACGCUGCGCGCAUUUUCUAUCCAACAUGAUAUGCUCUCCACGUACCGAUUUUCGACGAUUACCCCAAGCUUCAUUAUUCGCUCCGGAGAUGCGGCAGCGGAUAUGUUGGGCUGCAUAACCGUGGCCAUCACCCCAGACUUUGGCCCAUUACUGAAAAAUGCACUCGCAUAUGUACCGAUGACCAUUUUGAUUCUGAUUGCUAUUGGCACGGUAACCGCAGCCGUGUACACCCCAUGGGGCACGACCAAUGUUUUCCGUUGGACCAGUAAUUACGGCCGUGACGAGGACGUUUUGCGUUUGGUCACUCCCGGUUUUGCUGAUUGCCUGCAAUAUCUUCAGUUCGUGGUGCUGACGGGUUCCCUUUCAUUGGAUUAUCCGGGCUUCUUCCAACCUGCCGUGAGCCAUGGGUCUUGGUCUGUACUUAUGUUCAACCAGAGCUUUGUCAAUUCUGGAGGCCAUAAUCCGGUCGCCGAUGGGGUAUACGCGGUCAAUGGCACCUAUGGUCUGGAUCGCAUGAGGCAGCUGGUCGGGAUGACUACCGAGCAAGAUAUCUGGCCGGGCAUGAUAAUUUGGCUUCUGGUGAUCUUGGCCAUCAUUAUCCUUCUCAUUCAACUGGGCUUUGCGAUGCGCUGGGUGCACCGUGAGCUGGCACAUAGCAGCGAACAAGAUUUGCGUGCCAAAAACAUGCCAUUCACAGUGGGCAACAUCAUACGAAUUGUUUUCAACUACUUCCUUCUUCCCAUAAUCUCGCUCUCCUUUUUCCAGCUUGUCACCGCCAGGGGCUCUCCUGCGCAAAGUGUUGCAUUGGCUGCGAUAGUGAUCAUUGUGUUAGUCUGCUUCUCGAUUUGGUUCGUUCGGGUUAUUGUGUCCACCCGACCAAAGUCCCAUCUCUUUGAUGACCUUCCUACGGUCUUGUUAUACGGCCCGCUCUACAACACAUAUUGCGAUGAUGCUGCCGCCUUCGCCAUGGUCCCGAUAUUCUUAAAUUUUGCGCGCGGUGUGGCUAUUGGCGCCCUGCAACCGUCAGGCAUUGCGCAGGUUGUCAUGCUAGCCAUUUGCGAAGUUGUAUCCGUGCUUACAAUAAUCGCUUUCCGGCCUUUUCCUGGGCCAACCCACAUGAACCUGUAUCAUUGCCUGUUCUCGUUCAUACGAUUCCUAACUAUCAUUUUGAGCGUGGUCUUUGUACCAUCUCUCACCAUCUCACAAGCGGCACGUGGCUGGAUUGGCUAUGUUAUUCUCGUCUUGCACGCAUUGGUUCUCAUUUUUGGAUUCUUUCUAAGCGCCCUGCAGACGUUGAUCGAGGUUCUGGCUCGACUUGCUGGUGCCGGUGGUGCCACUCGUGGUGGCCUAGUAAAGGUCUUUGGGAAGCGUCAAUUGUCGAGACGUGUUCCACGGCGAGAUAUCACACGCCAGAGUUUGGGAUCCGAGGCGGCCAUGUUGUCCAAUAUGGACGGACGUAUGUCAUCUCAGUUUGAAGGAUCACGUGCCCGCAGUCUGUCAGGAAGCUCUGCUCUACUGUUAAAUCGUGCGACGGCAAGUGAAGGCCGCGCUAGUGCAAUCUUGGAUUAUGCUAGCUCGCAUGGGGGCCAUAGCCGUGCUGCCAGCGCCAACCUGAUGGCGCAGUCUCCUACCGCCUAUACUGGAGGUGGAGGUUUCCCUGCUAGCUCACCGAGCAGUAGUAACUUUAUGGCCUCAUCCCCGCGAGAUCCGUACUACCGACCCCCAAGACCUGGUCGGCACACACCUCAGCCGGGUACCGGAGAUAGAAGCAAACGAAGUUCUAGAAGCUUUAUGAAGCCAAGUCGGGUCAGCACGGAAGAAGAAAUUGUAGAUGGCUCUGGCCGAAACACGCCAGUACCUGCAUAUUUACCUACCCCCAAGGAUGACAUGGAGAUGGAUGAUUCCCCGCAACGGACGGAUUAUGCUGUUCGGGAAGUUGACUUUUAUUACCGUGUCCGUGGUCCGCCGCUUUCUCACACUGGGACUCGCAAGUUAAAGACUGGCCCAGCGGAUCCCACUGGCCCCGUGUCAUCAGCAACGGGAUGGUUCCGGAAUAUGUUCCAGGGGAAGACCAAGGAUAAAGGCAAGGGUUUCGAGGUAGUUCGAAGUGCUCGAGCACCUCCCCCUGGCCUUUUCCCAGCAGGUGAUUACAACGAGGGGCAGUCUUACCACGACGAUCCAGAGGACCCGGAGGCUGCUGGUCACUCGCGUGACGUCUAUUCAGGCGAGGGACCAUACCGUGACUCUGAAGGUGAUCACGAAGCCAGAAAGUCCGGCGAAGAGCAAGUCCCGGUGAACUCUAUUGGCGAAAUCGAGCUAGCCAGUCGAUCUGGGUCCCGUCGUUCGCGAGCCCCAUUCGAACAAGACGGGGACGAUGCACCGGGACUUUUACCUGUCGUGACGGAGGCCUCUCAAUCAAGAGCCAGCACCGAGGCUUCCGACUCUGACCACCUGCGGCCGGAAUCUCCAACUACUGCACGUUUACCUUUUAGUGGGGACAGCUCCCCUUCUCGGGAGAGGGGCCUCUCGGCCGCAUCUACAUCUGGUUCCAUGACUUCCAGCCAUAGAACUGGCCGUGAUGGAGUACGCACGGAACGACCUUCUAGUAUGGGCUACGUCGCUCAACAUCGCACACAAGAUAACAUCCACCAAGCAAGUCCUGACGAACCAACCUUCGCCGGCAGCCAAGCCGAGUUAGUCGAUGAGCAUUUACACGGUGAAUAA